UGGACGUUGUAGACGGUGAUUUGUACGUUGCGUUAUAUUUGGGCAUGGAAAGCGUAGAUGAGUUUCACCAGCUGAACCUCGACCAGAGAAUCUUGAAGGCUAUUUCUGAUUUGAACUGGAUAAAACCUACUGAUAUACAGCAGGUCGUUAUACCGCUGGUUUUCGCCAAAAAGUGUUUGAUAGUUCACGCGAAAACAGGAUCUGGAAAGACUGCUGCAUUUGCGAUUCCGAUUCUAAAUGACCUUUUGCAGGAGAAACAGUUUGCUUUGUGCCAAUCCACUUCAGUCGUUGUUCUUGCUCCAACAAAAGAGUUAUGUUCGCAAGUUGCCAGUAAUAUCAAAUGCCUUUGUAAAUAUGCUGCGAAGAGUAUUUCAUCGGUUGACAUAUCGACUGGUCAUGACAUUGAUCAAAUAAAGCCUCUCAUAUUAGAGAACCCUGAUAUAAUUAUCGGAACACCGUCUAGACUAAUGAAAGUCUUACGUUCAGGCAUCCUAUCACUGAAGGACCUGCGGUGCAUCGUCGUAGACGAGGCUGACCUUAUAUUUACAUUUGGUUAUGAAGCUGAGAUACGUGAUCUGAGAUCUUAUCUUCCUGCGAAGGUUCAAGCCAUUUUGAUGUCUGCUACUCUGGAUGACACAUCUAAAGUCAUAAGACGGUAUUUGGUGAAAAAUGCUGACUGGGUUCGUGUAGAGUUACCCGAUGAAGCUUUUUUACCAGGAGACAGCCAACUAACACAAUAUAUUAUCAGUGCUGAAGACAAGGACAAAUAUGCCAUUUUAAUUGCUUUAUUCAAAUUGAGGAUAGUUCGUGGAAAAACACUGGUUUUCACUAACUCUGUUGACCGAUGUUACAAGUAAGUUAAUUAAAUUAUUAUCUUUUAAAUGGUUGUUUCGUAAGCUCUGUUUUACUUUCCUAUCGAAUCGUGAAGUAAUUUGUUUUAAAUGCUCUGAAAUAUAAACUAUCAAUAGUAAUGUAUUACUCAUUUACUGUUUUUCCCAGAAGCUUUGUACACCAUAUACAGGUAAAGUUGUUUCUCUACCUUAAUAAUAUUCAAAAGCAGUUGUUAUUCAAAUACUAGGAUACUUUUUGUCAAAUAUGAGUACAAUCAGUCAACAAGUAUUGGUGUAAGAAAAGCUGGUAUUAUAGUUUAUGUUGCAAAACUACUUUUUUAUAGAAUAAACGGUUAAUAUUAGUUGUAAAGGAACGUGCGUCUUAGCCAGCAUAGCAAAAAGGGAUCCAGGAAAUGUAUAAGUGGUAAAAAAGCAAUAGUUAUGUGUUUUAAAAUGUCUAUGUUGUAAGACGUAUAUUGUAUUACUACUAUUUCAUUUGUACUAGUUGUUUACAUCUUUACAUUGAUAUUUAGAACUGAGAUUGAUCAGUUCCUUCUGGCGUAUGCAUUGAAACAAUUAUUAACAUAGAAUGCGGAAUUAUUAGCUUAGCGAUCUUAUGUAUCAGUAGACCAAUUUUCUACGUUACUGAUGAUGCUUUUCGAUUUUCCGUACAAAAGUAGACCAUGUGGGCUUAAAUCUUUGAUAUAAAGGUUGGAAAUCAAGUUCGUCCCCACUUCACCUACUGUAGUCCGAGAAAAGCAGUAACAUCACUAGCCUUCAGACAAGACGUGUAACCGAAAGCCGAAUUUACGGACUUAUAAUCAGUUAUCGGAUUUCACUAAGUUAAACUGAAUCUGGUAAGAGUCAAAUAAUUAGACAAUAGGUGAUAACUUUUAAGUCACAGUAAACAAAGAUGUUCAUUUUGGAUGACUACUGUAAGUGCACACCGAGUUAUAUACAAAAUAGGAAAGAUCGGUUCGGUGAAUGCAUUUUCAAAACUGUAGAAUCGCAAAUAUAUACUCAUUCUUAACAAUAAUAAUUAUUAUAGUAGUGAUAAUCAAACUCGGUUAAACAUGGCAAUAAUAAGGUAAAGGAAGUAAAGGCAUUAAAACGUUAUUUUUUGACAAGGAAAUUAAUAAUAGUUUUGUCGUUAUGGGCUUGAAUAUUCAUCAUGUAGGGUUAAGAAAGGAAGGCUCAGCAUGAUAACAUAAAAUGUUGAAAUUGAGAUGAACUGUAAUAAGGAGGACCAUAGAAACUGAGAAGCCAGUUGGAGAUGUGUGGUAGUGAGAGUGAAAUAUGACUUUCAGUUUGAGGUUGUAGAGAUUGCUGAAUUCAAUUGAAAUCAUGAACUGAUCUAUGUUAGACCACCAUUAAACACUUGGAAGCACUGGACAGCCGUUUCAUCCCAGUGUAGAGCUCCUCAGUAGUGCAUAUCCACGAUCCCGAUCACUAGUAACUAGCUUCGAGAGGGAAUUCUCAGAGUUCUAGUGAGGAUCCGUGACCAGUGGAAUUCAACCGUGUCGGGUAUGAGGUAGUUAACCACCGAUGACAAUAGAUGGUCGAGCGACAUCGUGGGUUAGUUGAAGUUAGAUAUCAAUACCGUUAGAUGCCAGGUCAGUGACCCAGAGGUUAAGCGUUCGAGUGUGAAACCGAAGGUCCUAGGUUCAAAUUCCGCGUGUGGAAUCAUGAAUGCGCACUUUUGAGAAGUCCUAUACUAGGAUAAAACGGUUGUCCAGUAGUGCUUCCAGAUGUUUAGUGGUGGUCUAACAUUGAUCGGUUCAUGAAUUCAAUAAAAUAUGAUUGGUCAUCGAACGCAGAAUAACACGCACUUAGCCUACGGACUAUUGAAUAUUUGAUUUCCUUAUUGAUUUCUACUCCGGACUGAUUGAGAGUGCUUGUAAUUGAGAUGAAUAAAGUAUUGUCUAGUUUAUACUCUGGGCCAUGAAUAUGGAUCUGAUAUAACGUGACUAGUCUUAUUAUCGUAGUAACGUAUCAUCGUAGUAUUACUGAGAAAAAAAUAUUUAAAACUGUCAUAUCAGUCUAUAGGGAAGAUAGAAGGGAUGCAAAUAACUGUGAAGGAAGAGAAGUAUGAAGGGAGAAGAAUACGUGAGGUUAAAACUAUGGUAGAAUAAGAGAUUAUACCAGUUAUUUUGAACACAUAAUUCUGGUUUUUCCAGAUGUAUGGCUAGUGCUUCGGAAAUGUCCAAGACCACAACAACAAAACUAUUAUUAGUUUCCUUGUCAAAAAAUAACGUUUUAAUGCCUUUACUUCCUUUACCUUAUUAUUGCCAUGUUUAACCGAGUUUGAUUAUCACUACUAUAAUAAUUAUUAUUGUUAAGAAUGAGUAUAUAUUUGCGAUUCAACAGUUUUGAAAAUGCAUUAGCCGAAGAGAGAACUCUUCACCUAACUAAUCUUUCUUAUUUAAUGUCUGAGUGGGCUUAUUUAGUUUAUAUACAAGGUCUUUAAUGGUCUUCUGCAAUAUGUUAAAAACUAACUGAAAAAUUUUCCACUAAUUUUUUAUCCCAACAUUACGUCUGUAUGAGGAGUUUGGUGUAAAGUCCACUCAGGAAUUCGUAAAGUUCAGUAUUUCAUGGUUAUCUGUGAUAUUGAGUACUUAGUUCCGGAAUCUUAACGGUAAGUAAUUAUGUGUCUAUUAUAGAAUAAACAAUUCCAGCAAAUUAUUUUUUAAAAUUCAAAAUCAUAAUGAAUUCCAGUUUACCAAUUGCAUUACAAGUGUCCUUUUUUCAGGCUCCGUUUAUUUUUGGAAGAGUUUGGAAUUAGAGCAGCACUGUUAAAUUCAGAGCUACCAGUCAAGUCACGUUCUCAUGUUAUCGAUCAGUUUAACAGAGGGCUAUACGACUAUUUAUUAGCGACAGAUGAGUCGCAAGCAGAUUAUAGUACUUCAAAUAAUGAAGGUGGUAAAAAGUCAUUAAAAAAGUAAGUCUUGGUUAAAUUUACUCAUUAAAAUCCAUUCUUAAUUUUCCUUUCUCACUACAAUGAUAACUUAAAAACAUAAGUGUGGAGUACUAAGUAAAGAUUACAGACGAGUUAUCUUUCACGUAUGGUCACUCCCGACUGUUGUUGCUACCUUGACGUGGUGGUCGAGCUUGCCUAUUGUGAUAAACCAAUCGAGCUAUACUGGCUGGAACAAUCAUUCCUCAAGGUCCUACCAUGCCAGACAGGUCAGUUAAAGAGCGGUAGGACCAAAAGCAGCAAACCCAAGAUCCGAAGGCGAAGUGGUACUGUUGACUUUACAGAGGUGUGACAGCAGUAAGGUGUUUUCUUCAGACAAUCAGCAUGACAGCGAUGCUGCCUUCCAACAAGGAAGGAUGCGGUUAGAAAAGGUUCACCCUAAAAAUGCACACCUCGCCCUAUCCCACGGAUAUCCGUCUCUGGCGGUUAGGUCUCAACUUUGACUGACUGACUGAUAUAUGGUCACUUACCGUAUACCUCGGUACACAAUAAUGUCUAUCAUAUGAGUAGGUUGGAAUUUAGUUAGGGUCGAGCAAAUAAAGACAUGGUUUCAGUUGUUGAGGUCAAUGACCGUUGUUUUAAGUCGUUUUGGGUGUAAAUUUCCUGUUUGGGGUUCACACUAACUAUGGUGAGCGUUUGUGUACCUUGAGUGAUAUGGCUUAGGAUUUACAUCCCUUUGUCUUUCUCUUGAUCUUGAGUUUCAAUAUUACUUUUCAUUUUCGUUUCCGUACUUAAUUUGUUCUUUUUACGCUAUGUUCACCACUUUUAAUUUUUACUACCAUUUUUACAAUUACAAUUAAGGUUCCUUUACACUUCAUUUGGUUAGUUUCCACUUUCGCUGUGUCGAUGUGGUAAAUAGUAACUUGGGUCGAUCCACAUAUGUAAAAUCUCAUACUGCUUAUGCAAGAAUGAUCGCUCUAUUAGUUCGAAUUAUUGGUUUUUUCACCUGCGGAAAUUCGAAGGAAGAACAAGGAAAAGAGCUAGAGUAAAUUAGAAGUAUUAAAUUCGGGUUUUGGUGUUGCGACUAUGCAGACCGAUACCUUCAAGUAUACACAGCGCUAAGGUCAUGUCGGGUGCAGAGAGUGGUUGCAGUAUUAUAUUCCAAUUUUUCUGAGAAAAACAAAUGGCCUUUAGGUAUAGUGCAGAGAGCGAGCUGAAACUACAACCAUCAUAAAAAGUACAAGUAUUUAUAAUCAAUUGUGUUCACAAAAUAAUCAGUGUCCGUUAACCGUAUACUAUCAGCAAAAUCCUAUUGUGAGAGAGAACAAAGCAGCUUCCAUCUAAAGAGGAAUUUGUGAAGACACGAUGGAGGUGGAUAGGACAUACAUUUCGAAAAUUACCAAACUGCAUCACGGGACAAGUGCUAACUUGAAAUCCUGAAAAGAAAAAAGAAGACUAAAGAACACAAUGCACCGGGAAUUGGAAGCAGACAUGAAAAAAUAUAAAUAGCAACUGGAAAGGAUCGUCCAGGACAGAGUUCCGUGGGGAAUCCUUGUGGGCGGCCUAUGCUCCUCCACGAGAGGUAACAGGUGUAAGUAAGUACCACUAAGGUCAACCAGUGUCUAUAUGUGUCGUGUUUUAUUACCUACACUCGUAAUUAUCGUCAUUUAACUAAUUCGAAAAAUGAGAUUACACUUUUCAUUUACUGUAAGUUGUUACCGAGAGCAUAGUCCUUUUCAUCUUCGCACACUGCUGUUUCCGAUGUAGUGGGACUACCAUUCACUGGCGUGGACGAUGUUUUACUUCCAAUAUGGUUUGAUUCCACCUAUCUAGUCUCACGACGAAUUCAUUUCAAAGUUAUACGCUUUCUUGUUACAUUGCUCUUUUCACUGUAUUAUAAUAUUCACUUCAAAUUUACUCGUUUUGAAUGCAUUUUUCAUGUUCUUGUCUUCAUUUCCAAAGUUUAUGUAGUUUUCUCCUAUUUCUAUACGCGGUAUAGCAUAAAAUGUCCCUUUUUUACUAGAUCACGAUGUCGUGAUGUUGAAUAUGGUGUAUCUAGAGGAAUCGAUUUUCAAUUGGUCAGUAAUGUAAUCAAUUUCGACUUUCCACCAACACCUAUCCUUUAUGUACAUCGCGUCGGACGGACAGCUCGAGCUGAUCAAAUGGGAACUGCUCUUUCAUUUGUCAGUAAAUUGGAAGAAAGUCGUUUAGCUGAUGUUGAAGCGUUACUAAAUCCGGCUGGUGCAGCUGCUGCAGUAAAAUCAGGUGUAGCCAGUGAGAAAAAAGAUUUUGCUUCGUCUAUCUUCAGACCUUAUCAGUUUCGUCUUUCUGAAGUAGAUGGUUUCAGAUAUAGAGCAGCUGAUGUGAUGCGCCAUAUAACUCGUAAAGUUGUAAGAGAAGCACGUUUGAAAGAAAUCAAACUUGAACUACUCAAUUCUGAACGUUUGAAAGGUUACUUUCAAGAUCAUAUACCCGAUUUAGAGGCGCUUCGUCAUGACAAACCACUCAAACAUGUUGCUCAACCACAUCUCAAAGAUGUACCAGAUUAUCUAGUUCCUCAAUCCUUAAAAGCUCUUAUGCCAGGCAGCUGUCAUAGUCGAAAAGCUACGCAAAGAUGGAAAAGAAGAAAUUUACACACUGAUGAUAAAUCUAACACUUCAUUUGUCGAUCUUAAAAAGCGUUUACAAAUUAAACAUAAACAAGCUAAAAAACGUAAAUCUCAAAACCCAUUAUUUUCAUUUGGACGAAAAAAAUCUAAAGUUGGCUAACGCAUUUAAUGACUUUUCAAUAAUUAUUCAAUGAAUACGAAAAAAACCCAGAAAAGAAUCCAUUAUUUGUAUUGUGAAUCAAUUGUUUCAUUAUUCUAAAGAAUCAAAUUAUUUGACAUUACUGUGUAAUUGUUAUUACUUUUACUAGUAUGUAUGAUUGUAAAUAAUUAUUGAUGCAUAAUCAUAUAUUUUUUUGUUUAAAUGAAGUGGAUUUUAUGGAGACUGUUUUAAUUUAUAGUAUACGCCACUAGCUGAUCUUAGUUGAUGGUACCGCCCCCAAAUGCUGUGGUACAGCCGAGAGCGGGGAGAAUCAACUCUUCCUCUCGAAAUGCUCUCACAUGGUCACGUGCAUACAACCACUGCCAGGGAAUUCCGACUCACUGCAUUCUCGCGGCGGGGAUGCUGUUUACAAAAUUGAAAGGACGAAAAGCGAAACUGGAGCUUUAAUCGGGUUGGUGGACACGGAGAGUCCACCUAGGGCAGUUGGAAAACUCUCAUUCCAAACCAAUGGUGCACAUGGGCUCCAGUAUCCUGAAGGAACAAAUGGCGUAUGAACCUAUUGUUGGUCACCGGCUACCAUGGGACUGCAUCUCCUGACGUUGCUCCACUGCCUUGUGGAUUAGACUUUUAGGUUGAAGACUCCGGUUGUGGCGUUCUAAGAAAACCAUCUAUUUCGGUUUGGGCGCCCAGGCAGUAUCGCAAUCCCCACACAAAUCGAAUGGUUUAUGUGGCGCAUAUCUGUUUGGUGCCUCCGUGUACCAACGUUUAUGUGUUUAAAUAAAUAAAACCGCUAACAAAACUAAGAAGUACUGGAUGGCUAUCUCAUAAUAAUAUAAUAUUUCUCAACUGAAAUCAUUCUGUGAUGAAUAUCAACUACAUCUUUGCUUAUAAUGAUUGUGAAUUAAGGAAAUAUUGAGGCGAUCCGCACAGGAUAGCCAUAUGCCAAUAUGAAACUGAUCAUUUACAGUUCUAAACAUCGAUAGGAAUGAAUUAAAACAUCACCCCAUUGCACAAGCUAGUGGCUAUCUGUACUCAAUAGCUAGGUGGAUAAGACGAUGGCGUCUGAACCGAAUGGUGUUGGGUUCGAGUUUCGUAGUAAACAUCAACUCUCCGAUGCAGGUUGAUUACCUCAAGUGGUGUUCGUCAGGGCUG